CGACAAUGCACAGUUGACCUAUCCUAAUUCAAACAAAUCAAACUUAGAGUUAGUUUCGGUUGAAUUUCCAUUUCGAGUGUGAUCUCUCUGUUUUUUGAUCAUCAAACAAUAAUAUGGUCUUCUUGAAAACAGUUGGUUCAAUAACAUGGAUACUUUUCGUUUUGAAUUUUACCUUCUCCUCCGCCUUUUUUCGUCUUGAAGAGUUCUACCGCCAGCGUUGGCUUGAAGAACACAUUUCAAAAGACGAUCUCAGCUAUGGUUCAUCAGAAGACCGGUACUUUGUGCAGCGGCUGGAUCAUUUCGACCCAUUCAACGAAAAAACCUGGUUACAACGGUACUGGGUUAAUUCAACGUUUCAUAAGAAAGGUGGGCCAGCUUUUUUGUUGAUAAAUGGUGAAUCGCAAGCUGCAGAAAAGUUCAACAAGUAUCAAUGGAAAAAAUACGCGCAAAAGUUCAACGCAACCUUUUUCUCUUUGGAGCAUCGAUUCUAUGGCCGAAGCGUACCAAAUAACGAUACUAGCACACAGAAUCUGGUUUAUCUGAAAAGCCAACAGGCUCUAGCAGAUAUCGCAAAUUUCAUUGGUGGAGUAGCUAAUCAAUAUAAUAUACCCAAUGAUACUAAAUGGAUCGUGUUGGGGUGUUCGUAUGCAGGAAGCUUGGCUGCGUGGGUUCGUCUCAAGUAUCCUCAUCUCGUACACGGAGCAGUUUCUUCAAGCGCCCCACUUCUAGCCAAGGAGAAUUUUCUAGAAUACUACAAAGUUGUUAGAGAAUCACUGGACUCUAUUUCUAUUAAACCAAACUGUUCUGGCAAAGUAGCUGAGGCAAAUGAGGAACUUGGCCGUUUAAUCCAAAGUGACGAAGGUAGAGGACAGGUUAAAGAACAAUUCCGUCUAUGCUUCCAAGUGGACAACAACAUGGAAAGUAUAUCAACAUUGUUUAGCGGACCGCUCAAUCUAUUAGCUUACGCUGUUCAGUAUGGUUACAAACGGGAUAUUGAAAGUUUUUGCAACAUUAUGACAUCUUCUAAUGCUUCAGCGCUGGAAUUGUACGCUAAAGCCAUGCGAUCACAGUUAGAAAAGAAGCAUACCAAUUGUUGGAAUAAUCGCUACAGUGAUGGUAUCAAGAACUUGAAGUCUACAAAUAAAGGUCCUGAGGAUUUCUUGAGACAAUGGACGUAUCAACUUUGUACCGAAUUCGGUUGGUAUCAGACUUCAAAUACUCGUAAGUCCUCGGAUUCAACGGGAGCUUACAUUCCUGUAGAAUACUUCAUCAAAAAAUGCGAAGAUAUAUUCGGUCCAAAGUUCAAUGGUUUGCUAUUGAAUAGAACGGUUUAUGAGACCAAUAAUUUGUACGGAGGAUUGAAAAUUAACGUUGGAAACAUCGUAUUCACUCACGGAUCAAUUGACCCUUGGCAUUCUAUUGGCAUCACUCCCGCUAUUCCACAUGCACCUAACCAGACAAUAAUCUACAUCCAAGGAGCCAGUCACUGUGAGGACAUAUCUGUACCCAAAAAUAAUACUAAUCCUGAUGUGAAAAAAGCUCAAGAAGAAAUCGCAAACACAUUACAAUCUUGGUUACAAAAUUAGUAAACCAAAAAAUAAGAAAUUCGAAGCCUAACUCUAAAGCGGGAAUCAUUCCGAGUUUCCCUUCCAUUUUUCUUCUAUAAUGAUGGAUUCCAACGAUAACCCAAAUUAAUUAAUAGGUAUAGAUAAAGCUGCAUUCACAUACUUUUUUUUUGAAUAAUAUACUUGUACGUACAUAAUAAAUAAUUCAUAAUUCAUGAGAAUUGACCGAUAAUUAGAAAAUAUCAAACCGACUAAAUUAGAGCGGAAUGAGUUUUGACUGACUCAUAUUUUGUGGCUGCAUACAUUUAAUAGUACAUACCUAUAUUUGUAUGCCUACCAGCUAUCCUAGACAAAAUAUCUUCAAAACAUAAAAGUCCUUUCAAGUUUUGCUGUUCAUCUUGGCUUUAAUAUAUUUUCUAAAUGUUAGCUUAUUUAUUCCUAGAUUAUGAUUAAGUACACAAAUUAUUUAAUAUUCCUCAAUAUUUUAAACUCAAACAUACCUUAUUACUUAGCUUUGUUAAUCGCGUAAUUCAGUAAAUAUAUAAUAUUAAGAGCA